CACACCGGCAGGGAGCAGCUCGGCUCGGCUCGGCUCGGCUCCGCUAUGGAGGCGCUGCGGGCGGCGGGGCGCGCCGUGCUUCGGAGUCCGCGCCUCGCCCGACACGGUCUGGGUCUCCGCCGGCGGCGCAAGCUUCCUGAGAGCUGGGCCGAUAUGCAGGAACCACUGCUUGAGGGGAUGUGCUUCACCCUCAAGUAUCUGGGCAUGACGCUGGUAGAACAACCAAAAGGAGAAGACAUGGCUGCUGCUGCCAUCCGCAGGAUCGUGGCCACGGCACGGGUUGGAGCUCGCAAGUUUCAGAAGGUGAUUCUGACAGUGUCUCCAAGGGGCAUCUCACUGCAGGAUGCAGACACUAAGGAGAUGGUGGAAAACAUCUCCAUCUACAGGAUCUCCUACUGCACGACAGACAAGCUGCAGAACAAAGUCUUUGCUUAUGUUGCCCAGAGCCAGGAGAGCGGGGCACUGGAGUGCCAUGCCUUCCUCUCACCCAAGAAGAAGAUUGCCCAGGCUGUGACUCUGACUGUGGCCCAGGCCUUUCAGAUGGCACUGGAUCUCUGGGAAGCAGCACAUGCAGGCUCUAGGCAGGAUCAGCCCCUUCACCCUUCAUGUGUCUUGGAGAGCAGUGAGGCCGGCAGACCCCGUGAGCCAGCCCCCCCAGGGAGCGCUCCCUUCACACACCACUUUGGGGAGGAAGAGGAGGAGGAGGAGGAGGAAGAUGAUAAUGUCAGUGAAACCUUGUCUGGGAGGCCAUGCUUGGGGUAUGAUGGAUGCUGUGCUCUCUUUCAAAGCAGCAUGGAGGAGCUGGGGAGGGGACUCCACAGCCCAGCAGAAUUAACACCUCUUGUGCCCCCAUCGAGCUCUCCUACAGCACAGCUACUGUGCUACCGCCUGGGGCCACCCCCGGACAGCUGGACGGUGCUGGGAGGGGCUGCAGACUCCCCCAGCACUUGCACCAGGACUGCUGGCCCCAAGACUCCCCUGGGCUAAGCCAAAUCUCUGCAACAACGGACCAGCCACUCAGGAUUCACCCUGUGCCUGCGCCUGGGCCAGCCAGUGCCUGCCACUGCCCUGGCACUGCCCUGCUGGCACGGGGGCUGCUGGCACUGCUGCCAUGGAGUGCACAGGCUGCAGCAUCUGCUCCCUGCCAUGUGCCACCUGCAUGAACCACCUCGAGCUGCAGCUGCUCCCAGCUUGGGCGGGGGGACCUGUGCUCCUCGCUCUGCUCACUGCCAGGCUGUGCAGGGCCACCCUGCGUGCUCUGAGCCUGCCUGAUGCAGGCAGUGUACACCCUCAGGGAGCAACAGCUCUUGGCCUGGAGCAGUGCGUGAUGAAGGCCUUUCCCCUGCAGUUCAGCCCCACACCCUCUCACAAAUGAAAUUACCUGGUUUUUAAAGGAAAGCUCUGCCUUCAG